GGUUUAGUGGUGAGGUUUUGCGGCGUGUGUACUCGAUCGUCCUAAUCUGGUGUUCACAGGGACGCGGGUUUAAUUUCGCCGCCAUCAUGGCCGUCCUCUGCCGGGUACCGACGCUGGAGGAGACGCUCGUCCAAGUCUGCGCCGAGGUCUGCACCUGCUGCCCUACCCUAAACGCAGCACAGGUUGCAGGUUGUGGGACUGUAUUUUUAGUCUUGGUAGGAACCUUGCUUGGGUCACCACCUGCAACAAGCUCACUUAGAGAAAGGAGACCUAAUGAUUUUCAUUUGAAGAAGAUCAAAACGACAAAGAAGACCACGACGCCAGCAUAUGCUGGUCUACGAGCGGUACACACUCCAGCGGUCACGCCGGUAGUCGGCUCCAGACGCAUGACGGUGGCGACAAGAGGGGGAACGCAAGCUUGUCUCGAGAAAGCGUUCGAUGAGUCCAUGCACACGCUGCAGGAAACGCCACUCAUAGGCCAGCACAUGGUGGGGAUUCCAGGCGAGCAUAGGCAGGUUCCGAUGGGUGACAUGGGUCUCCUUGCAGGGGCAGUCGGUCUUGUUCUCGUGGGCAAGAUAGUUCACAAGGUUCUCGAAAGGAUAGGUGCCGCCACACUUGAGGAGAACCGGGCAAAGCUAGAGCGGACCUUUCAUAGCGACCACGGUCAGUCCCAAAAUCUCGGCCGUCAUGGUUCGACGGAGAGUGCUCCAACAUGCAUCAAACUUGCGCCCGAACAGGCAUCAUCCCUGACUUACACUGGGAUCAUGAUCCAAAAACCUACCCAAAUAGUUAGAAUGUAA